UAAUUUGCGUUUCUCAUAAUAUAAUACAAUACCUACACAAACAUAUUAUUGAAAUAGGUAUUUAGUUUAAAACUCGACUUGAGUGUUUCCUGUUAGCACUUGGCUUUUAAGUUUAAGAUUACGAGUACCACGUGCAUGUGUCAUAGUGUCUUAUAACUCAAACUAAAAUGAGUAAAAUGUAAACUACCUAGCCCAGUCAAAUUAGACCAAAAAUCGACAAAGUUUGGAACUAAUUCCACGAAAGCUGGAGUUUAAUUUUUUUUUUAGAUCAUACCUUACUUAUAAACAUACUAAAAGUCCUGACACCUACCCCUUGUGCGUAGCCCCCCACCCCUCUUCAAAGGGUGGCGCACCCCUUUCACUUGUUUCGCUUAUAACUCGUUAGAUUUUUAACUUACGAUAAAAAUACCCAUGACCAAAAUUAAAGACCAUACAAUUUACCAUAGACUUGUGCUACUUUUAAUAUAUAUAUGUUGCGAUAAGUGUUAUUUUUUUAAAAAAUAUAAAAAAUAAUUUUUUUUUAUCUUUUUUUUUAUUGUGUUUUAGCCAAAACCGUCAAUGAUACGCUGAAAUGACCUAUGACAAAAGUUAACGAGCAUAUUAUUUUACAUAAUGUAAUGUUAAAUUAUAUUAAUAAUUUUAAUUAUUGUAAGUCGUACAUUUGAAAUAGUCGUAUAAUUUUAUAAAAUUUACAGUAUGAAUAAUGUCAUUGGAUUAUAUUAACGUGUAUAUUAUAUUAUUUAUAUUAUCGCAAUGGUUGUAAAAGAUAUAAUUCGUAGAAUCGGAAUUGUUGUGGAUGGUGAGCCGGCCAUAGUACACGUGUACACAAACAGGGUUUCAGUGAACGUUGAAUCUUGAGGGGAUCUAUUGUUGUAUUGUUCGGAUUGUAGUGGCGUUCCGAAGGGCGUCUGGUAUUUCGCCAGGUGGUGUCUGAUGCAUAUACGUAGACGGUCGACAGUCGAUGUUUGUGUAGUCAAUAGUGAACACUGUAACUGUUACAUUACAGUCGAUAUAUUUAUGCGAGUAAAUAUUAUUUUUAAAUUAACGUUCUCAGUUCAGAAAGUGUUUAUAAAAAUGGCCAAUUUAUGUUUUAUAUGUGAUGAAGAACUAAGUGUUGAAAGUGAAUGUGUAUCUGUAAAGGCUAAGGGCAUAGCAAAUCUUAUAAAUUCGAGUAAAGCGCGAUUCGAUAAUAAAUGGAAGUCUUUAGUGAAUUUAGAAAAUGUACUUGUUCACAAAGAUUGCCGAAAGAAUUACACAAGACCAGACACCAUAAGGAAAUAUGUUAAUGAAAAAGAAGGUACGAGUAACAUAUCACCUGUCAAAGGUAAGCUACGUUCAAAUUAUAUAUUUAAAUUUAAAGAAAAUUGUUUAUUCUGCGACAAAGAAUGUUCAAAAGAAUUGGAAAAAAAAUUGAGUAAGGAACGUCGAGAUAGUAUAGUACAAGUAUCUACCCUUCAUUUUAAAACCUCAAUUAUGGACGUAGCGAACAAAAGAAAUGAUGAAUGGGGUAAAGAGGUGCUCAAACGGUUGAAUAGUGUGAUGUGUUUGGUAUCUGAAGAAUCGAAGUAUCAUAAAUCGUGUGAACGUAGAUUUUGCUCGACAAAUCCAGUCGAUGAAAAUAAGAAAAGAGGGAGACCACAAGAUGAAGAUCUAGCAAACGCUUUUUCCAAUUUAUGUGAUUUUUUAGAAUCUGAAAAUGAAUGUCAAUUUGGUCUAAAUUUUUUGCAUGAAAAAAUGGAAGGAACGUGCGAUGAAAAAACUUUAAAAAAUAAAUUGAUUGAUAAGUAUGGCGACGAUAUAAUUAUUACAACGAGCCGUGGAAAAAAGGCAGUAGUGUGUUUUAAAAAUACAGGAUUUAAAGUAUUAACAAAUGCGUGGUAUAAUUCAAAAAAAGCAAAUGAAGAAGAAGAACGGUUAAGAAUAGUCGAAGCAGCAGCUACUAUUAUACGAGAGGAUAUAAGGUCAUUUGUUUAUGAGAUCGAUUCAUUUCCUCCACCAAAUCAAUUCAUGGAUAAUGUAAAACAAGACGUACCAAAGAGCUUAUUAUUUUUUUUGUCUGAAGUUUGUGGUAAAAAUAAAAAAACAAAAUCUCAAAAAUAUGAUAAUAAAUUUGUGGCUUUGGCGCAUGCCAUAAUAAAUUGUUGUAGGCCUCGCUCGUUCAUUUCAUCAAAAUAAAACACCUGAAAACAGUUCAAAAACACCCGGAAUUACACGAUUCAUUAUUAAUAUUUAAUAAUGAAUCGUCAUCGCCCGAAGAAAUUGAAUGUGCUGGAGAAAAAUAUCUUUUAGCAUUAUAUAAAGCUCCAGCCCAUAUUACAUCUUUAAAUAAUUUAAGACAUCAUAUUUUUCACAAAACCGCAGCUUCCAACAAAAAACAAGUACAACUAGCUAGACUUCCGCCUACUAUCGAUGCGGCACGAGAACAUUUACAUAGAGUGUAUUUGCAAAUACAGUUGUGGCGUGGUAAUAGAUUAAAUCCACAGAAUUGGGGAUGGAAAGAAGAUAAUGGCAAACUAAAUCCAGUUUUCACGAAAAAGCCACCAGCGCCGGAUACUCUUUUAAAAGUGAUCAGUUGUGCCUGCGCAAAAACAUGUGAACAAAAUUGUAGCUGUCGAAAAGCAGGAUUGCUAUGCUCGGUUAUAUGCAAGCAUUGUCACGGAGGUUCAUGUUUAAAUCAGCAACCGAUCAUAGAUGAUGUAGAAGAGGACCAUAUUGAUGACAACUUUGAGGACAAUAUCGAUGAAAUAUUUUUAAUUGGAAAUCAAAAAGAAGAAACCAACACACCGACAAUAAAAAAAAUUAGACCCACAUAAUAUAAUUAAUAAGGACCCAAAACCCAACACUAUUUUUAUAUUUAACUUCAUAGCUUAUAGUCUGAAAAAAUA